AACCUGACAAUUGAUUUAAAAACAUAUUGGUAUUGACUGAGAUUAAGAUGGGCGACAGAAACGGCACAAGCAUUCCGGAACUGCACCACCACCAAGACGACGCCCGCGUGCAGUUCACCGGUAGUUGCAAUGCAGGCGUCAGCGGCGGCGACGGUUCGACUUCCACGAGCUGUUUCGACGAACGGCUUCCGGCCGCCGCGGCCAACGCCUUGGCAAUACUUCUGGCCGUGGCCAUUGCGUGGACGCUGCUGUACGUGAACGUGCCGUCGGAGCUGAUGGUAGUGCCCGGCGGCAGUCUGGCAUCCAUAUUCCUGGUGUACGUGACCGGCACGGCGGCCGGUAAGCUCAUCGCCAAGGUUGGCGGCCUGCCUCCGCUGCUGGGCAUGAUGCUGGCCGGUAUCGCUCUCCAGAAUUCCGGUCUGUACAACGUCACCGGAUGGUGUUUCGAAUUGGUGUCCAUCAUGAGACAAGCCGCACUUACUGUCAUAUUGAUCAAAGGUGGCUUAGAAUUGAAUGCCGGACAGUUGCGCAGGCUAAGCGGUGUCGUGGCCAGACUCACAGUAUUGCCGUGCGUGGCCGAAGCCGUGGCCGCAGGUGUUGCCGCACAUUACAUUUUGCCCAAUUUUUCGUUAGUGUGGGGCCUGACACUCGGGUUUACUUUAUCAGCUGUCAGUCCAGCCGUUUUAGUCCCAAGUCUAUUUCGACUAAAGCGCUUAGGAUAUGGUGAAUUAAAAGGUAUUAACACAUUGUUGAUUGCCGCUUCAAGUUUAGAUGAUACAGUAUCCAUCAGCGCCUUCGGUAUUUUAUUAGGUGUCUUAUUCUCAACUGGUAGCUUGACCAGACAGAUAAUACAAGGACCAAUAGACGUGUCAAUUGGAAUUGUGAUAGGACUUAUGUGGGGUUGUGUUUUGAUUUUUGUGCCUCCGUCGCCUUGGGCCAUAAUAUACAAUAAACGAGAAAGCAAAAAAUCAGAAAUAGAAAAUUCUGUGACGGCCAAAAGAUCAUUUCUAUUAGGUAUGGGUGGGUUUUUAGCUGUGACCGGAAGUCAGUGGUAUGGUUAUCCGGGAGCAGGGCCACUGGCGUGUAUCAUAUCAGCGUUCGUGGCGGGCACUGGUUGGAGAAGACGAUCAGCUCAGCAUAAACAAAACAACUCAGUUAUCUCAACUAACAGAGUGGACGGAGAUGGCGAGGAAAUCGAGGACGAAGAGCUUCCAAUAGUACAGGUAUUCGAAAAUGCUUGGACAUGGCUACAGCCGGUGCUAUUCGCCUUUAUAGGCACCGACCUUAAUUUCGAAUUACUACGGAGAAGAGGAGACACGAUUUUUCUCGGGCUGCUCGUACUAGCAUUCGGACUCGUGAUUCGCCUAAUUGUUACCACGUGUUCAGUGCUUGGCACAGGAUUCAGUCGUAAGGAAAUAUUAUUCGUUAAUAUCGCGUGGCUUCCAAAAGCUACAGUACAGGCUGCUUUGGCACCAGUGGCUUUGAACAUAGCGUUGAAUUCGAAUAUACCAAAUGAUAUCGAAUGUGCGUCUACAUUAGUAACAAUAGCUGUGAUAUCCAUUUUGUUGACGGCACCAAUAGGUGCGUUUGGCAUACAAUUAUUUGGUCCCAGACUGUUACCUAGAAGUAGUUAACUAUAACAAUUGUUUUAAACCAUCGUAUAAAAAAUCAAUUGAAUUAUACCACAGCAAAUUCGAAAAUAAUACAAAAGCUGUGUAAGCCAAAACUAUUUUCUAAAACCAGAUGACUACAGCAACUCGUUAAACUCAUAAGUUUUGUUGUAUGUUUCAAUUUACUUAUAUAUUAUUGAUUGAAAAUCUAUUAAACUGUGUAUAAUUGAAUUUUACUCACAUGUAAUA